CCCACUUCGCUCUGGUGAAGAACCAGAACCGCGCAAAUUUACAACAGUUCAAUUCAAUCGACUAACAGUAUUAUCCAGUUGAUUGAAGCGAAUACAGAUAUCCGAAAAGCGCGCCCACAGCAGCAGAGCUACCGCAUAAACUUUUGGCCAUCGGCGACAGCUUUAGAAUCUACUACAUCUCCAUUCGCAAUACUCUACAACUGCAAUUACCACAUUCAAGAUACAGCCUACCCAAGAUGUCUGACCUCAAAGUUGAAGCUACUGAGCCAGACCCAUCUGCCACUUCUCUCCCAAACGACCAAAGCGUCAAUAAAGAAGCAGGCAAUUCUUCUGCGCCAACAGAGGCUGCCGCCGAGACUGAAUCCAAGCCGGCCAAUGGUCAAGUGAAGGAGGAUGCUGAUCAGAAGAAGGUCGAGAAUGGAUCCGAAUCUAAGGACGAGAAGGCUAGCAAGAAGCAAGAUCGCAAGCGCUAUGAUGAGAACGGCGUUCUGAAGACCAGUGCCAAACAAGACUGGGAUAAUUACAAGAAUAACAGCAAAUACGAUCCAUCUAUCUUGCCUACUACUGACGAUCCAGCAAAGAUCAGGGCUCAGGUUGAGUUCUACUUUUCUGACACCAAUUUGCCCACCGACACCUACCUCAACGACUUGACCCAAGGAUCUUCGAACCUUCCAGUCGCAAUCUCCAAAAUCUGCCAGUUUGGGCGCAUGAAGCGGUUCCAGCCACAGUCUGCCGUUGUUGAAGCUCUUCGCGCUAGCAAGUUCCUCGUUGUAUCUGGCCCAGAGGGCAUGGAAGAGGUCAAGCGCGCAGUUGCAUACGAUCCUACCACUCCAAAGUCCAGAGCUGAGUCCCGAUCAAUUUACGCCAAGGGUUUCGGCGAUGAGGAGCCAGGUUCGCAAUUCGAUAUAGAGGCUUUCUUUGCUCCUUAUGGCCCUACCAACUCUGUCCGUCUUCGUCGUACCGAUCAGAAGCUGUUCAAAGGCUCUGUCUUCGUUGAAUUCCAGGAUGAUGAGACUGCUGAGAAAUUCCUCGCUCUAGACCCCAAGCCUCUCUGGAAGGGAAAUACCCUCUUGAUCAAGUCGAAGAGAGCUUAUAUGGAUGAGAAGGAGGAAGAAAUCAAGUCUGGCAAGAUCGAGCCUAUGGAGCAACGCGGCUACAGAGGACGAGGUCGCGGACGGGGCCGAGGUGGGGAUCGUGGAGGAGAUCGUCGUGGUGGUGGUGAUAGACGCGGAGACCGACGGGAACCACGAGAGCCCCGUGGUGAUCGUGAUCCAGAUGACUGGAAGAAGCGCCGUGAGGAUGAUCGUGCCAGCGGAUUCAAAGACAACCGCAAGGACAACAGAGGCCGAGGCAGAGAUAGCCGAGGGGGUCGUGGAAACCGACGUGACAAUCGUGGCAACGACAGAAAUCAAGAGCGUGAAGACAAGGAAAAGGCUGACACCAAGGAGAUCAAAUUCGAGGACAGUUCCGAAAAGAAGCGCACUCGCGAGGAAGCAAAUGGUGGUGAAGAGAGUGCCGCCAAGAAGGUCGACACCAAGACCGACGAGCCAGCCUCUAACGGCAACAAGCGUGCUCGUGAGGAAGAUGCUGGAGCAGCAGAGGAAAAGCCAGCCAAGAAAGUCGACGUCAAGUCCGACUCGUGAUACCCGAAUCUUUUUGAUUUCCGUUUGUCUUCAUGCAUCGAUCGGGGCGGUAUGGAAUCCAUUCACGGCAGGCGUUAAGGGAAUCUUUGUUCUCUCUUUUAACUAUUCUCCAGAAGGUCAUUAUUCUACUUAUGGCCAUAUUUGCUCAUAUUACUUGGGCAACACGGAAUGAACCAUUGUACUAUGCGAAAACGAGAGCAGUAGCAUUGGAUUGCUAGGAUGUGAUUGAAAAAGGUGUCAUAGCAUACACAAACUCUUAGACACCAAAGAAUGGAUCUCAAUUGUACAUGGCAUUUUCGUUCUCAUUCUCUUUGAUGUUUUCCCACUUCCAAUCGGCCAAUCAGAAUCACAUCCUCUGAACAAACCUCUCUUCUUUGGGAUAAGUGCUGGAUUAUGAGGAAUCUUGGGAGUGCUAUCAAAGCUUAAAAGCAAAGUAUCCCUCUUCGUAGGAAAAGAUUUGAUGGCUAGAAGGGAAUCCUUUUCGCAUGCCAGCCGCCACAACCCUGUUCAUGGCUCGCACUUUCUUCUAAUGGGAAUUUGUUUACAAGCACUGUUCCAGGU